CACCUCCCCCACCUCCCCUCUCUCCCCGGCGUACUUUAGCUAACACCGGUCCUAUCUAUUUCUGCUGUGUUCUAUCGUCUGUUCAUCAGAAGACAGAAACCACAUCAUUUAUAGACUCUAAAGAGAGAAUGUGAGGAAAAGUUAUGGUUGGAAUCGAAAUCCGAUCCUCGUAAGUUGGGAGUUUGGUCGGAUUUUACAGAAGCUACUUCCCUGUUUUUACCAGUUUUGACUGUGAGAAGCUGCAUACCUCCAGCUUCUGACCUCUCUCUCUCUCUCCAACUUCAGGUGAAUUGAGCUUCUUAAGCUCCCGAUCUGCGGAUCUAAGUUACCAUAUUAUAUUACCACUUCGUUUUUUUUUUUUUUCAUCUCAUCCCAUCUCUGCUGCAUUUUAGCUUAUUUAAGGUCCUCAGUUUUUUGUUGUCAAAAUUUUCUGGUAAAAUUCGGCCUUUUCAGCCUUCUUUAAUAGUUUGCACUGUAAGUUCUCAACUUCAAUUAGUUACAGGAUCUGCAUCCUUUUAAGUAGCAGGACGAGUUACUGUAACGGGGUUUUGUUUUUCAUAAAUUCUGGGUUUGUUUUGACGAAUGCACCUUCUUAAUUGAACUCGGUUGAAGAUUUUUGUUUGGGAUGCUUUCGUUUUCCUCUUCGAUGUCUAAAUUGCAUGCAGGUCUAUGCUUCCCCAGUCACCAGUCAGUUCAAUGAGGUUUCCAUUUUAUUUAAAUUAUUUAAAUUUCUUUUUUAGGGGAUAAGAAAUGAGGAGGUUAUUGGGAACUUGGAGGGGUUGGUGAUCAUGCCACAAACAUAUUACUUGAAGUGACUGCUUCAAAGGUGCAAACGAUUCUGAUUUGGGGUAUAAAUAAAGAGAUCUGUAUUUGGCUGAACUAAAGAAACUGACACCAUGGGUGUCUCAGGAAAAUGGAUUAAAGCAUUGGUUGGUUUGAAGAAAUCAGAAAAGUCAGAGUCUUCAGAGAAGGGCGAAAAUAGAUCAGCCACUAGAAAGUUUAGGCACCAGAGAAAGCAUUCCAUUGAGAUUGAUGCAGAUAAUCUUCAAUACGAGUACGGUAAUGAAGUUGCUCCACCAGUUGGAGAUUUCAAUGUUCAAUCAAAUCCUGAUGCUGCUGGCUCCAAUUUGGGUUCACCUCAAGUACAGGAUGCAGCUCUUAAUCAGAAAAUUGAGAGAGAGGGGGCUGCAACACGCAUCCAGACUGCUUUUCGUGGAUUUCUGGCUAGGAGAGCUUUACGAGCUUUGAAAGGAUUGGUAAGACUUCAAGCCCUUGUCAGGGGCCAUGCUGUGAGAAAACAAGCUGCAAUAACUCUUCGCUGUAUGCAAGCUUUGGUGAGAGUUCAGGCUCGUGUCCGAGCCAGGCGUGUUCGUCUGGCAUUGGAAAGUCAAACAGCAAAACAGAAACUUCAACAACAACUUGCAAAUGAGGCUCAUGUCAAAGAAAUAGAAGAAGGAUGGUGUGAUAGCGUGGGAUCAGUUGAAGAUAUUCAAUCCAAAUUGUUAAAGAGGCAGGAGGCUGCUGCUAAGCGUGAGAGAGCUAUGGCGUAUGCUCUGGCUCAUCAGUGGCAGGCUGGAUCAAGGCAGUUGGCUGUUCCCUCUGGGUUUGAACCAGAUAAAAGCAGCUGGGGUUGGGACUGGUUGGAAAGAUGGAUGGCUGUCCGUCCUUGGGAGAAUCGUUUUCUUGACAUUAAUCUCAGAGAUGGGGUGAUGGUACAUGAAAAUGGAUCAGCUGAGGGUAACGAUGGAAUCACAUCCCACUUAAAAUCUGCUGGAAAAAAACCAAUUGCCUCAAAUCUUCAUCCAAACCUUUCAAGUCAGAAAAUGGGGCCCUCCCAUUCUGAUGGCUUUGGUUCUUCAUCCAGCAAGUCAGCAGGCAUGCAAGAGGCAUCCGAUACACUACCUUCCAAGCCAAAGCCCAAGGCACAGAUGGAUGAUCCAGUUGAAGAAGCUAAGUCAAGGCCUGGAAUUGGUUUGAGAUCCCACAGCAAUCCAAAAGAGAGAUCCGCACAACCAGAUAAACAGGCAAAGAAGCGAUUGUCUCUACCCAACAGUGGGGCAGGUGCUGGUGCUCAAUCGGCCAGGAAUUCAAAUAGAACUGUUGUCAAAGGGGCACCCAGCAACCAGAAGGCCAUCAAGGAUAAAUCUAAGUUCAAUGGAAAAGGGGACUCAAACUCUACAAAGUCUGUCCCGCACUCCCAUUGAUCUCUGGCUCUAAGAAUCGCAUGGAAGGUAUCUACUCAGGCUACCCUUGAUUUCUCGGUGCUGCUGUUUCAAUCUGUACAUAUGUUGCCACGAUGGUAGGGCAUGCAGCCUUCAUGCUCCGGUUCCCGUCAUGAAAUUCCGAGGUGGUUUCAGCCUGACAUAGUAAAAGAGAUCUGCUUGAUUGUCACGGGGAAUAAGAUUAGGGGGUUUGAUAUGUGGCUGUUGUAAUCAUUUGAGUUUAUUGUGAUGAGUUCGGAAAUCAUGAGAUAUUUAUUUCCCAAGGUCUUGAAGAUUUGUGUACUUGUCUUUUUUGGUAAGUAAUGUAAAAUUUUAUCAAGAU